AUGUCAUCCCACACCCCACAGACAAAUCUUUCUCUUGAAAGAUUUCGCCUCGAUGGAAUGAUGUUAUCGUGUGUGUUCUACGGCGUGUACUUUGUCUUUACAGUGCAAGCUUGGAAUGCUCUCAUGCAACGGCCUCGAUACGGGGGAAAAAUUGCAGAUCAUCGUUACGCGCUUCUUUUAUACGUUUUUAUCACGUUCGCAUUGGCGACGAUAAGCUUUGGUUUGAACGCAAAGUAUACGGAGAUGAUUUGGAUUGAUCUUCGUGAUGCGCCUGGUGGUCCUUCCGUGCUAAUCGAGAACUACAUGAGGUAUCGUAUCAACUUUACAGCGCUUGUCGUUGGUCAACUCCAGCAGUGGUUUAUGCAAUGUCUACUUCUCCAUCGAUGUUUUGUGAUAUGGGACUGGUCAAGAAGGGUGGUGGUCCCGAUGAUCGCACUCUAUGUUAUUAUGAUCGCAUUAUCCAUCACCGUCAUGGUGCAGGCGAGCACUGGUGCCAAAUUUUACAACAUCAUCAUUGAGCUUGCCUACCUCUGUGUCGAAGUAGGGCUCUCCGUUAUCUAUACCGUUCUCGUGAUAAGUCGCUUGUUCGUCAUGCGAUGGCGUAUGAUGCAGGUCAUACCUCAAUUUGAUUCAAGCACAUACGAUACCAUUGCCCUCAUGGUUGUCGAGUCCGCAGGGUUAUACACUAUCGUCUCUAUUGUUUUCAUAAUUGGCUUUGGUAUGUAUUCUAUCGGUCUCACCACCCUAUGUUUCCUGGCUAUCGGCAAAAUACAGGGCAUUGCCCAGUUGUUCAUCAUUAUCCGUGUUGCACAGGGGCGGGCAGUUACACACGAGUGGUCGGGACGAACUGCCCCAGUUCCUACAACCAUGGCAUUCGCAGGGAAUGUAUCUCACUCAACGGAGGGGACCCGCGAUGAACCAAUAGGAAAACCGGAGCAUACCGUCGUUCAGUUGUAUGCUGAUUCAGAUAGGGCGACAGAAAUUAUUGUGUCUGCAGUAUCAUCCCCCUCUAUGCAUGUGUGUGUGUAA